AUGGCGGGGCCGGAGCUUGCGGGAUCCAUCACCGGCGGAGGCGGGGAGCCCCCGGGCGCCGCAUCCUCCACCCCGGCGUCUGGCGGCAGGAGGAUCCUGCGCACGCAGACCGCGGGCAACCUGGGCGAGUCCAUCGUCGCCAACGAGGUCGAGGCCAGCAACCCGCACGUCGCAUGUUCUAUGGUGCAGGAUUUGCUCACCAGCCUGAAAAUGCUGGCCGUGAAGCGGGCGGAGACCGUCGGACGUCCCCACCUCGCCGACCCGUUCGAUUUGCGCACGCUGCGUGCUAUCGGGGUGAUUGACGUGGACUACUGCGGCCUGGUGGGCAUCAUGCUCUUCAACCACUCGGAGGUGGACUUCAUCAUGAAGCCCGGCGAUCGCGCCGCACAGAUGAUCGUCCAGGUCAUUGCGAUGCCGGAGGUCGCCGAGGUGGAGGACCUCGACGCCAUCGUCCGGCGGGAGGGAGUGUUUGGAUCCACCGACGUUUGA